GCUGUUAUUACAAACAGAAAGCACAUGGCUGAGAUUGCAGCAUUCUGUGAUUUCCUGCUGGCUGCCUCCUCAGGUCCCAGGAGUUGGAGGUCAAGUCCUGGAAUACGAAGGAAUGUAUAAAUUAAUUGGUGUUAGUCCCAGGGAGAGUUUUGGACGCGUGUCACACUUCUGAGUCUUUCUGUCACCUUACAGGAAGAAGAAAAGAGCUUUGUCCAGUCUGGACUUAACUGUACAACAUGAAGAAAUCAAUCAGGCGAAUGUUUUCUACUGCUGUAGAGAAGGACAAUGACACCCCGUAUGAGGGGGUCAUCCUACGCACUGAUAGCUGCACCUCAAUACAAGCAGAUCCUCAGCACAUAUUUAAGCUUGUUAAGGAGGGUCAUGUGUGUCGUGUGCGGAGUUUUAUACUGAAGAAUCCUUCUUGCCUGAUGGCCAGAGAUGAUAUCGAGGCCACUCCACUACAUUAUGCUGCAAAACAUGGACACUUGGAAAUUGUGUUCAUGAUAGUCAAUGAGGGUACCGAUGAAGCUCUUAAUGCUCUGGAUAGUAGAGGAGGUACACCACUCCACUGGGCUAUAGUUAAAAACCAGGUGGGCAGUGUCAGAAUUCUCUUAAGCAGAGGAGCUAACCCAAACUUGCUCAACUUUUAUAGACUGGCUCCAAUUCAUAUGGCCAUUCAAUUGCAUCAUAACUCUAUAGUGGAGGAAUUACUGAAUCAUAGCACUACAGAUAUUAAUCUGGAAGGUGACCUUGGGAACUCACCAAUUAUGACUGCUUGCUAUAAGGACAAUGCAGAGGCCCUUAUAAUGCUGUUCAAUCAUGGAGCAAAGCUGUGCAAAAGAAAUAAAAUUGGUUGUUAUCCUAUACACAUGACUGCAUUUGCUGGCUCUUUAAAAUGUAUGGACCUGGUACUAAAAAAAGGGGAAGAAUUUGGGUAUAGUAUUGAAGAUCACAUCAAUUUCACAGACAAUGAGAAAAGCAGCCCGCUCCAUGUGGCAGUUCAAAAUGGACGCUUGGAAAUUGUAAAAGCCUGCAUUGAAUAUGGAGCAAAGAUCGAUCUCAAACAAGUAAACGAUAAUGCCACAGCUCUUCAUUUUGCUUCUACUCAAGGAGCAACUGAAAUUGUCAAGUUCAUGCUCUCAUCCUACACUGGGGAUAAUAAUAUUGUUGAUUUGCCAGAUGGAAAUAAUGAAACACCACUACAUAAAUCGUGUUUGUUUGACCACGCUGACCUGGCAGAUUAUUUAAUAUCUAUGGGAGCAAAUAUUGACAGUAUCGAUAACGAUUUUCGUACACCUCUGCUGCUGGCCACUUCAUGCUCUGCUUGGAAAACUGUGAAUUUACUUCUUGAAAAAGGAGCAAAUGUACAGCUAGCAGAUAACUAUGGACGAAAUUUUCUUCACCUGAUAGUUUUACAGCCUGGAGGUUUAAAAAACAUUACAGCUGAAGUUCUAAAGAGAGAAGACAUCAAGUUACUUGUUAGAGAUGAAGAUGUAGACGGCUGUACACCUCUGCAUUACGCCUGUCGUCACGGAGUUCCAAAUUCUGUGAACAACCUAAUGGGACUUAACGGGUCUCUUUAUUCUAAGAGCAAGGAUAAAAGAUCAGCUUUGCAUUUUGCUGCUUGCUACGGCCGUUAUAACACCUGUGACAGACUUCUGAGAUUUGUGCAUGAUGCUCGACUUCUCAAUGAAGCAGAUGAAAAGGGAAUGACGCCUCUGCAUUUGGCAGCAGAAAAUGGCCAUGACAGAAUAAUUUUUCUUCUGCUGAAGAGGGGAGCUCUCAUGUUAAGCGACUAUCGUGGAUGGGCAGCUCUGCACUAUGCAGCACAUGGAGGCUACACACGAACCAUCAAGACAAUUUUGGAUACAUCUCAUUCUCUCAUUGAUAAACCAGACAAAGAAAAGAACACGGCACUUCACCUGGCUGCUAAAGAAGGACACGCCAAAGCAGUUGCCCUAUUGCUUGAAAGUGGGGCAGCCAUCACUUUAAAUACAAACGAUGCAUCCUUCAUUCAUGAGGCUAUACGUGGCGGGAGGAAGGAUGUUGUAUACGCUACAAUCCAGACUGAAAGGUGGGAGGAGGCACUUGUAACAUUUUCGGAUACUUCUAACUACAAGUGCCCUAUACUUGAAAUGGUUUAUCACCUCCCAGAAAGCUUAAAAUUUCUCUUAGACAGAUGUAUGACAGAAUCACCUGGGGACAAGAAGAGUCCAAAUUACUUUAUUGAAUACAACUUCAGAUAUCUACAAUGUCCCCUGCAAUUCAAGAAGGCAAGCGAGAGGACAAAAAGCGUUCAAUAUGAGCCUCUGACCACCUUAAAUGCCAUGGUGCAACACAACCGUGUUGAACUCCUUUCACACCCAGUUUGUAAAGAAUAUUUAACUAUGAAAUGGAGGGCUUAUGGAUUUAAGGCACAUCUAAUUAACCUUUCAAUCUACUCACUGGGACUUAUUCCCCUCACUCUGCUGAUAAUGAGCGCUAUGGUACCUGGGAGCCCUUCAAAUAAUUCAACUUCAAUCUCAAGUUCAAAUUCAGAACAAGAACCAUUACAACUCAAGGAUUCAUACUUCACACGUAUUUGCAUGAGUAUUGUAUUGUUUAUGAGCAUUUUUGGGAUGUUAAAGGAGAUUAUACAGAUGGGCCAACAGAAACUCGGCUAUCUACUGGACAGCAGUAAUGCUGUAGACUGGACAAUACAUAUUUCAAGCAUAGUGUUUGUAUCAUCUAUAUGUACGAUGUCUACCGAUGUAGAAUUCUGGCAAUGGCAAGCUGGAGCGGUUGCAGUAUUUGCAUCUUGGGUCAACUUUCUGAUUUAUCUGCAGAGGUUUGAAACAUGUGGAAUCUAUAUUGUGAUGUUUUGGGAGAUUCUGAGAACAUUAAUACGAAUUGUUGUCCUCUUCUUUUUCUUGAUCUUGGCAUUUGGACUGAGUUUCUUUGUACUCCUCUACCCCCAGACACCAUUCAGCAAUCCUUUAUUAGCCCUGAUGCAGACGUUUACCAUGAUGCUUGGAGAUAUUAACUAUCACGAUGGGUUCCUUGUCCCGUUCCUUGAAAACCAGAUAGAAAAUCCAGUUUUCACCUUCCUCCAUCUGAUUGUUUUCACAUUGUUAAUUCCGAUCCUAUUGAUGAACCUGCUUAUUGGUCUGGCUGUUGGUGAUAUUGCAGAAGUACAAAGAAAUGCAGCACUUAAAAGGAUUGCAAUGCAGGUGAGCCUGCACACAAAUCUAGAGAAAAAGCUGCCAUACUGGUUUCUGAAGAGGGUGGAUGAAAUGAAUUGCAUUGUGUAUCCCAAUCUUCCAAGAAUCUGGGGACAUGCUGUGCGUUCAACUUUGUUUAAGCAUUUCCUUGAGUGUGAUGGCUUUAAAGUUGAAGCUCCUAUCAAUGAUGCAACGAUGGAACUCGAGCUGUGGAAACAAAAAAACAGGUUGAAGGAUCUAUCCUCAGUUAUGCAGAAGCAGCAUGAACUGAUCAAGCUGAUCAUUCAGAAAAUGGAGAUUGUGUCAGAGGCAGAAGAUGAAGACAAUCAGGAUCAAUUACAGCAUAACAAACCAAGGCAACAGAAGAUGCCUGAAGGCAAAGAAAGCAAGUGGGAUUGUGUGAUGAAAGCUGUGAAGUGCAAAAACGCAAAUUAGGGAAAAAAGUGAUGCUGUCUCUGUGCAUGAUAAGAGGUCAAUCGUAUUUAGUCACAACUUGUUGUAGAUCUAGUUGCAUUUUACCUUUUUUGAUGAUAACUACAUUUAUUUGUAAGUAGGACAAGGACCAGUUGAACAUGUACAGUAUGUUUUGCUUCCUGAUACUUUUGAGCCUCCAUUACAAAUAAUGGCAACCUUUUCCACUCCAACCUUGUUACACCUAAUGCCGCGUACACACGAUCGGGCUUUUGCCCAGCCAAAUCAGACUUUUUCCAUCGGAAAUCCGAUCGCGUGCAUUAGGAUGAGGUUCAGGCUCACUGCUACCACAGGUUGAAGAGGAAUCCCUAGGAUUUGCAAUUUUUACAAAUUGCACACAUUUGGCUAUAAACCUUUCAGGUUUGCCACAAAAAAUAAGUAACACCUAUAAUACAAUCAUCUUUUUCCUAGUCACAAGAUCCAGUAGAUUGAAGGGAUGGAUAACCCAUAUUGCCAGUGUGUGUAACUUGGCCCUGUUAGGGAGAGGUUACAAUUCUGUGUAUCAAUAGAUAAUUAUUUUAGGCCGCGUACACACGAUUGGUCCAUCCGAUGAGAAUGGUCUGAUGGACCGUUUUCAUCGGUCCAAAACG